AUGGCUGAAACGGCGAAACCUCUGCGGGGUCGUGCCGCCGCAGAAGCUGCUGCCAAGGCACGUGAGAUUGCCGAAGCCGCCCUUGCCCAGCGAGAUGCCCGUGAAGGUGUCGAGACCAAGACACUGGCUCCCAAAGAGAGCCAGGACCAGAUCGACGGCCCUGCUGCCGUCCUCGCUGCCGUCCCGGCUGUCCCCGCCGUCAGCCUGCAUUUGGAGGAUGCUGCGCAGCUGCGUGGAGGACCAGUGCCAAUGGUGCCAUGGUACUCUGGCAGAAGUGGCGAUGCGCCAGUGCUGGCCAAGGUUGACAACGAGAAGGUCCGCAAGAUGCGGGAGGAGUUCGAAGGGGCCACGGCAGAGUAUAAAGUGCUCUCCCAAGUGGCCCUUGCGGGUUUGAGCUCCGGAGAGGGGAAGUCGCUGCACCAGCGCUUCAAAGAGCUGGAACAAGCAUGGGGUGCGUUCCAGUGGAACCAGAAAAGCAGAAGCGAUGCACCAUCCACCAGGGAGCAGGUGCAGGCUGCCUCCGCAGCGCUGGCGCAGGCGCAUGGGCGGUCAAGCGGUGCCGACUCCGGGUUGGAUCUGGAGCAGGAAGUGGAAACCGUUUUGGCGGAGCUUUGGGACACCAUUGAGAAGCCACCAAAGCCGAAGCAGGCGGAGGAGGAAGUCAACGCUGUGAGUGAGGAACUGGAUAGGUUGGAGGCCUUCAUCGAGGCCCGGAUACAGGAGGAGGAGCGGGCUGAAGAGGAAGGGCGCCAGGCAAAGAGUCGAGCGAACAUGGAGGUUUGCGAAGCCCAAACCGAGGCAUUGCAAGACAUGUCGGUCAAAUUCCAGUCAGCAUAUCCCAGUGGCAUGGAUGAGGGUACAGGAGGCACGCCCAUGACAUCCAAUGCUCUGCCUGAGGAAACGCCAGUGCUGCCGACGGCAGUGCACUUUGAUUCUGAGGUUCGGACCCUUGCAAGAGAGGUCCACUCAGUCUCAGCGAAGGUUAGCCAGGAGCACAUCAGAGGUGGACCACCCAGAGGACUCGUCAGCUCCAAUUGGAUUGGAGAUCUCGCCGGGGGAAGUGGACCCGCUCUGCAUGACAGAGAUGGCGCUUGGGGCAACGUCUUUGCCCCUGCAAGGAGCCCUGUGGUGGCCAGGCAGAGACCGCGAUCUGGGUAUCUCCCAUAG